AUAGACACCACAAGAAUCAGAUGCAAGCAACAAGAAGUGGAUUUUCAGUCUUUCUUAUUCUCUCCGAGUCUUACUCAAAAUUCCUCAACCUGCAAAUCGCGCGAAUCGCUCUCAAAGGGCUUCGUCUUCCUCGCAGAUCGGAGUUUUUUGUUUCCGUCGCCGGCGACGGAGAUUCUGAUAUAAAAGGAAGAUGUCUGCUACACAGGAAGAAGACAAGAAGCCCGGAGACCUAAGAGGAACUCACAUCCAUCUCAAGGUCAAUUUCCAGGUUUUGGAUGGGUAUGAAGUCUUCUUUAGGAUGAAGAGGAGAACUCAAUUGAAGAAGCUGAUGGACGCUGUUUGCGAACGUGUAUGUGUGGAUUUCAACUCAAUGGCUUUCUUGUUCCAUGGGCGUCGUCUCCUCGGUGGACAGACUCCUGAUGAGCUUGAUAUGGAAGAUGGAGAUGAGAUCGAUGCAAGGCUCGAUCAGUCCGGUGGUGGUAUCACAAAUGGCCUGUAUCUGUCCUGCUUUUAGUGGGGUCUUUUAUGGUUUCGAUAAAGACGGUGUGUGUUAAUGGAUUUUCACAAUUGAUUAAAGAAGUAGUCGCUUAAACUAAAAGCAACUCUAGUAACCUACAAAAACGUCUUCGCACGUUUGCUUGAAGCGCAAGUUUCACCUUGCUUUCUAAUAAAAAAGAAAACUUUCUU